AUGGUCGUGAGACUGCUGAUUUUGCUGCUUUCGUUGCAUGCGCUUUCCCUAGUUGCUGGCGACAAGAGGGGCAGUGAUGGUCGGCGCCGACGCCACAACUCAAACUCCUUGGGUUCCCUGCGGCUGCAAGCGCUGCAGCCAUCGCCGGUUUCCUUUGAAAUCCGAGAUGAUCAAGCUAGAGUACACACAGCAUCCAUUCACAUCCAGAACCCCAACGAUCAAGCACUGGCAGUGCAGCUUUCCUUGCGGCAUCCAUCUACCAGAAGGUUGUCAAAGGAUGGCAUUGUCGUGAUUCAAGGGGAUUCAGAGGCUUCCGUGACUGGAAGGCGCCUUCAAGCAGCAGAGAACUGCAGCCAGCCAUUGCUGCUGCUACGGCCCCGCGUGAGUCAGAAUAUUCGCGCAACUCGGCGGCUGCGGCGUUUGGCUCAGCUCCCAGGACUGGAGAAUAGCACUUGGCUAUACCUCAGCCAUUUGGGGCUGAGCAUCGCACAGCUAGAUUGCGCUGCAAACGCGGAAGAGGUGGCGAAGCAGCUUGAAAGCGAACAUGCAGGUGAAGUGGAAUUCGUGGAGGUGGACAAGAGAAACCUGUUUAAGAUGGGCGUCACAGAUACACAAUGGAGUCGUCAAUGGGGCAUGAGGAGAAGUGGCUUCGAUAAUGCAUGGUCUCGUUUGGAUGCUUACAGUUUUGAACCUGACCCAGUGACAGUUGCUGUCUUGGACACUGGCGUGCAGCUAGAUCACGAAGACUUGCAAGGUAGGCUUUGGCAAAAUCCAGGUGAGAUACCAGGAAAUGGCAUCGAUGACGACGGGAAUGGCUUCAUUGACGAUGUGCAUGGCUGGGAUUUUGCGGAUGGAGAUGCCGAUCCUUCCGAUGACGAUGGUCAUGGAACGCACUGUGCAGGCGUCAUCGGUGCCGCGAAGAAUGGCAGGGGCGUGGUUGGCGCCUUUGGAGGCAGUUCUUCUGUACGAAUCAUGGCACUCCGUUUCCUCUCCAGUGAGGGAGGCCGCACCAGCGAUGCAAUCCUUGCACUGAACUAUGCGGUGUCCAUGGGUGCCGUGAUUUCCUCGAACAGCUGGGGCGGAGCAUCUCACAGCUUGGCGCUGGAGUCUGCGGUGCAGAGUGCUAAGGAAGGUGGGCACUUGUUCAUUGCAGCUGCAGGGAAUAUGGGCAGCAGCAACGACUUCGUCCCGACGUUUCCUUGCAACUACGAAGCUGCUCUUUGUGUUGCUGCGACCACCUCCACAGAAGAAUUGGCCGACUACAGCAACUACGGUGUGAAUUCUGUGGAGAUUGCUGCGCCAGGCACUGACAUCAUGAGUACCUACAUCGGAAACAGCUAUGCAUCUUUAAGUGGCACCUCGAUGGCGACGCCACACGUGGCUGGUGCAGCUGCUCUGGUUUGGAGCUGGAUGGGGCAGCGCUUUGUCAGUGAUGCGGCUGGGGACCUGCGGGCCAUCAUCUUGGAGUCGGCUCAGCGGCCAUCUUUUCUGAAUGGCUGGGUGAGCCAUGGCAUGUUGGAUGUGAAUGGCAUGGUCUUAAAGGCAGAGUCACGAAACUGGCUGCGCCUUCUACAGCCUCCAAAUGGCUCGGUGGACGCCACAGGUACCAUUGCCUCCGUUCUGUUGGAUGCGCUCGGUGAGGUGAACACCAGUCUCGAGAUCGGUCAUGAGUUCUUGGCCGUUGGCACUUAUGAAGCCCACAUACUCAUCAGUGGGAGUGACCACGAGGACGAGGACGAGGCGGUGGUUCCGGUCCAGCUGACGAUUCUGGGAUCUCCUUAUUUACCAGCAGGGAUCUUCCAAGGGAUGUUGGACUUCGGUGUGGUGCCCUUGGGGGGCGAGGGCCGUCGAACUAUUCGGCUGUGGAACUAUGGCAAUGGCACAGCGCGGGUGAAGCUGAACCCGCUGGCUUCUCCGUUUGCUGGCCCCUUGGUGGAGGUGUCAGUGGAGCCUCACGAAUCGAUGGAUUUGAUCGUGACCUGCCGCCCCACCCGCACGGGGCAGUUUGCCGGGAACGCGAGCUUUGGCACCAACUCUGGGCUUCCAGCUGUCGAGGCCUCAUUGGCCGAUGCCACGGAGAAGGGGGAGCAGUUCUCCAUGGCUAUGAGCUGCAAAGGUAGCGAAGCACCACAUUUGGAAUUGGAUUCUUUCAGUGGUGCCGUCCUUCUGCAAGCAGAUGGCCUGCCUUUCCACUUCACGCCAUGCGUGCCAGCGCAAUGGGAGGCUAACUUUCUGGACGCCCAGUCACCCGACACGAACGUCACAGCGCCCCUGGCAGUGGUGGAAAGCUCCAACCUAGAAGGUUGCCUGCCACAUCAGACGACGGUGGCUGGACAUAUUGUGCUGGUGAGCCGAGGUGGCUGCACCUUUCAAGAGAAGAUCACCCUGAUUCAGGACGCUGGUGGACUUGGAGGCCUCUACUAUGACACAGAGGGGACCACCACCCUGCGGAUGAUGGGCACUGCAGACGUCAACAAUGCCCCCACACUUCCCGCAUUCAUGGUCUCUCGCUCGCAGGGUCUUGCGCUGCGAGAUCGGGUCCUGUCCGGUGAAGUGCUCAUGAUUUCGUUGAUCAGGCGUCCAAUUGUGCUGCACACUCAUCUGCCUGGUGAGGGUUCUCCGCGGGCCUAUGGACAGCUAGGAAUGCAAAACCUUGGUGGUGGCUUGCUCCACUGGAGCACUGAAAUCGACAUGCUGACGUUCGAGGAACACAGCUUCUACUCUGUUGUGUAUCCUGGAGCAGCCAAUUCAACAGCUGGUCCAGAUGUAGCGCCAUUGCCGCCAGCACCUGUGCCAUCGUGGACUGAAAGUAGCAUGCUGACAGAGGAUGCGUAUUUCAGAAAUAAGGACAUUGAUGAUGACGCAUCACCAUUGGCGCUGACCUUUCCAAUGCCUUUCUAUGGGCAAGUUGUCCAGGAUGUUCAAAUGUCAUCGAAUGGUUUGAUUGCAAUGGCACCGGACAGCAGCACAUUCCGAAAAGGCAGUGACUACUGGGGACACCUGCCCUCAGAAGCACUUCCCAACGGCCUUCUGGCAGCCUAUUGGAAUGAUCUUCGCUGCAGUGCUAGCCAUGGAUGCCGACUGAUGACAGGUCACCGCUUUGCUCAAAACGAAGCCGGAUCCUGUGGCAAUAGCAAUGCGACCAUCAUCCAAUAUAAGGACUUUGUUCAUCGAUAUGACAUGUCUGCGGUGGUCUCCGUGGAAGCGCGACUCUAUGCCGACGGAUGCAUGGAGUUGCAGUACGACCGCAUACCGGGGCAGGAACAUCGAAGUGCAGCGAAGAUUGGCAUUGAGACCAGGAGUGGGCGAAGUGGGUUGAAUUUGGCGCCGGUGCUGCCCGUCAACCGUGAUGAACGAUUUGGAAUCAUGUUUGUGCCAUUCCUUGCAGCAGACCCAAGGAGACCAAGCACCGCUGCCGUGAAGCCUGGAGAGACCUCUGAUUUUCACUUUCAUGUGGAGGGCUACCGUUCCAAGCAGGCCUGGAUUAUGGUGAGGGCUUCGGAUGGGACAGGCCACUGGAACUCCGAACGUGUGGUGCGGGUGGUCCAGCAAGUCUUCAGCUACUCUUGGAAGUUCAGUGCAUGGGGUCCGUGCACCAAGUUGGUCUGCAGCAGUAGCGUGGGUGAAGAGGGUCGAACUGUAUACUGUGGCGGUUCUGAUGGCGGCGUCUAUGACGUUGAACAUUGCUCCGGCCCACCUACGUGCACUGACACUCCCGGGUGGAGAGACAGUUAUGGUGACACUUGCCAGACCUACGCUACAAAUUUGUAUUGCACUGCUGAGGGUGGCUAUGGUCCUGGAUGGAAAUGGUUCUGGGGCUCCUUCGAAGACUACCGGCGCAAUGGGCACAUCGCGCCUACCGCAUGCUGUGCCUGCGGCGGUGGAGCGUUGGUCGACUCGCAGCCAGAAUCUGUAAGAGCAUGUUCUGAGCCCACGCAGGGACCAGAUUUGAACGGCGAUGGUGUCGACGAUUGUGCUCCUGCGAUAGCACCACCGGCACCAGUCACAGAGACCACAACGGAGACCAGCAGUACUGCAACUCAGACAACUGAAACGACGACGACGCAAACUGCCACAUCAGCGACUCAAACAUCCUCGACGUCGCAAACUGGUACAAUCACGAGUGUCACCCAGACAAGCUCCACAGACACACAGACUUCAAGAACAACUUCCAGCACGUCCACAGCAACCUGGUCUUCCACUAGUGUGACGCAAACGAUCACAACGACCGCCACAGUUACGGCAACACUGACAUCAACACUCACAACAACUCUCACCACUCGGACAACUACAGUGACGUCAACAGCUACCUCAUCGUGGACCAGGACCUCUUCAUCUCAAACCAGCACUAUUUCCUCAAGUGCAACUCGCACUGAAACCACAACAGGCUCUACAACAGCAACCAUCACCUCAACCUCCAUCUCACUCACAAGCACAACGGCCACCUUGACGAGCACUGCGAGCUUGACGUCCACAAGCAUAUCAGGCACGAGAAGUUCAACGAUUUCAACGACAACACAAUCUUCAACCUUGAGUUCAACCAUCAGCAGCACUGCUUCCAGCACUACAUCCUCUAGUACAACUGCUUCAAGCACCUUGACUGCAACGUCUACUCUCACGACCACGUCGACCACUGAAUCAGACACUGUCACUUCUACCGGCACGACUUCUACAAGCCUUUCCUUUACAGCCACCACAACAACAAGUUCAACUACAAGUUCAUCAACUGGUACAGAAACAACUCGCACUAUCACCUCGUCUGGAACUCAGACUUCCACCCUGACGUCUUCAGAAACCAGCACAACAAUCUCAACCUCCAUCUCCUCCACGAAGACCAGCACUGUGACCAGCACCAGUGUAUCUCGCACAGCCACGACGUCAGUGACUACCACUAGUAGCUCACAGUCAAGCACAUCGGUCACCUCGACACAAACAACGUCCAGUCUGACUGUAACUUUGACUAGCACCACCUCAUUAUCAAGCAGUUCAACGACAACGAUCACAGUUUCAAGCACAACCUCGAUCACCACCACAACUGUGACAAAGACGACAAGCUCUACAACAAGCAGCACCUCAACUAGAAGCACGAGCAUCAGCUCCACAACAACAAGCACCAAGUCAAGCACUGCGACAAGCAGCUCUUCAACGACGUCAACUUCGAGCAGCACAGUCACCUGGACAACCACAGUCACCACCACUACAAGUUUGACAAGCAGUAGCAACACCAUGAGUUCUACGCACACUUCUACGAAAACCAUCACGACCACAACAAGCUCUUCAGUGACAACGUCUAGGAGCAGCACUAGCACGCUUUCUUCAACUGUCACAACUACCACCAGCUCAACUUCCAGUAGCACCAGUACAAGCGUCACUUCUACAGACACAAGCACUACGUCACAGACGUCCAGCACUACGUCCAGUAGCACGUCCAGCUCCACAAGCACAAGCACGGAGUCGUCCACCAGCAAGACAUCGAGCACAUCCCGAAGCAGUAGCAGUUCAACAAGUGUCACAGUCACUCACACUGAUACAUCCACAACAACUGGCACUUCUUCAGUGACAGUUUCAUCCACCACAUCUUCAUCGAGCACAUCUUCUUCCAGCACCUCAUCCUCAAGCCUUUCUUCUAGCAGCUCGUCGGUUUCCAGUACUGUCUCCUCCUCGACGAGUCUUUCAACAUCAUCCUCUAGCACCACAUCGACAUCAUCCAGUUCAAUCACAACUUCAAGUACGACUACCACAAGCUUUACAUCCAGCUCACUGACAAUGACGUCAAGCAGCAGCACCAGCAGCAGCUCCAGUUCAUCCUCUCUCACCUCAACAACAACCUCUGCCUCAUCAUCAACAUCUUCAUCAACCAGCACAAGCACCAGCACCACCAGAACCAGCACAAGCAAGACCGGCACAACCAGCAGCAGCACUACCAGCACCAGCACUUCCAGCAGCAGUACUGCUUCUACAACCUCAAAGACGACAACGACUUCCACCACCACGACUAGCACCUCUAGCACUAGCACAGCUACCUCUACCAGUACAACUGUCACAACAUCAACAAGCUCCACCACAACAUCCACGAGCAUCUCCUCUACGAUCUCGACGUCUACCAGCAGCUCGUUCACAUCUACAUCCAAGACUUUCACUUCGUCCACGUCUGGCACAACAAGCAUCACUACAACCUUAUCCAGCUCCACGACGUUGUCAACGACGUCCACAAGCGUUACCACUUCAACAAGCAAAACACUGACAUCGACCAAGACUUCAUCAACCAGCUCGUCAUUCACCAGCACGACGUCACAGACCAGUAGCUCUUCCCUGACUUCCUCCAGCAGCUCCAGCAGCAGCUCCACUUCCGGAACCACGACCUCCAUGACCAGCUCGACCCACACGGCCACAGUCACCAGCAGUUCAACCACAAGCUCCUCAACAAUUUCCGACACAACGACCAUUAGCGUCACAGGGACGAGCAGCACCACAGCCACAGUGACCAGGACAUCUCAGACCUUAAGCUCUACAACUUCGAUUUCCAAGACCUGGACGUCUACUUCCUUCACAGAAACCACAUCCACACAAACCAGGAAUGGGCCUCCGGUGCAGAUCCUGAGUGAGCCAGAAGAUGUGAUGACGAUCGACUCGACCUUGCUUGUGCUGGGGGUCAAUGACACAACGCCUGGUUUGGAGGAUUCUUUGCAAGACUCCAUUUCCAGCACUGUGGGCGUCGACCCAAGAAGAGUUGCAAUUUCAGAUCUUGGUAUGACGCUGGCGGCAGUGCUGGAUGAUGGGCUUCGCCGUCGGUUGUCCAUGAUGGAAUUGGCUCUGGAAGUGAAUUUUCAGGUCAUCCUGACAGGCGAAAGCGAGUCUUCAGAACUUGGCUCCUCUUCGGCUGCAAGUGUACUAAGUGCUGUUUCUGCUAUAAAGGACGACCCAUCUGCUUUGGUCUCGAAGCUCUCCAACACCUUAGCUGUUGAAACUCCAUUGCGUGCACGGCUCACGACGCCGAAACUGCAGCAGAAGCAGGCUGUCAUUGUGGCGGAGGAGUGGGGCACAUGUGGGCCUGGCCUAACGUGUGCGCGCUCAGAGCAGCUGUUGUUGCGAUAUCGGGCUGUGUGGUGCGCUGACGCAGAGAACAUCUCUGUCCAGCUGUCCUCGGCUAUGUGCUCUGGCAACGCCCCCAGGACCAUGGAGCCGUGCCCAGACACCGUGACGCAUCCUCCAAGCUGUGGUUGGCACCUGGGCUCGUGGUCCGAGUGCCGCUCACAGGUCUCAGACAAGAACAGCACCGAUGUGGUGGACAACAUGACGACACCUUGCGACAGCAGUGGCAUAGGCCAUCAGCAGCGGGAGGUGAGAUGUCUAGCCCAGGACCCAGCGAUAGAUUGUGGCAAUCCGCCAGAAAGAGAAAGAGAGUGUCAAUGCAUCUCGAGCCAGCUGCAACUGCAAAGGGAUCACCUCCAGCAGGAAACGGCACAAGUCCUGGCUGCCUCUCCUGGACCCCUCCUGAUAGGACUCAUUGCUGGAGGCUGCAUUGCAUGCACCUGCUGUGCCUUUUGCUGCUUCAGUAUGGUGAAGGGAAACCAGAGCACAGUGAAAAAGCUUGACAAGAGCACGUUGCAAGACUUUGAUGGCCCAGCUGCAGAGCCAAAGCGCCCAGAUGCACCCCAAAGUGCUGUGACAGUAUGUGUGGCUGCAGGGCGUCGGAGCCGCGAUGGUGAGGAGAGGCCGGAGUCUCCGGAGGAUGGCGAUUCGACUGUUGCUUGCAGCGUGCAAUCACCUCUUCCGUCUCCUUCACAUGCUCCAAGCUACCAGUCGCGUGUCACUCCGCUGGCUUCGCCUUGUUCCAUUGCAUCAGUGUCAUCUCAACCAAUACAGCUUCCACUGCCAUCACCUUCCGCCAUGUCCGUCUCUUCCAUCAAUGCUGUUUUGCAGUCGCCGGCACAUUCUAUGCAAGGCUCGGGCUCACCUGACACGAUGCUAGACGGCUUGGAAUUCUCUCCGAGGCGUCGGUCAAAUGGGCCUAGUUCCCCGAAAAAGAGGUCCGGACCUAGUGGACCCUCUCUGCCGGUGCUGUCAGAACACCAAUCGAUUCAAGGCGCAGUUGAAAGUGAGACAGCUCUGUUUGCGGCUCUCAGCUCUCCGAGCAACUUCUUGAGACCAGCAUCCCCCAGCAAGCUGAGGGCGGCUUCCCUACCUCCAGUCGCCGAAGUGGAGAAGCAGCGUGACCCGCCUUUGCCAAGCCAAGCACAAAGCGACAGUGAAGGGCAUAACUCAGUGAACACGCAGAAGCAACGGAAAAAGAAAGGUCCUCGGCCACCCACCCUGGAAUUGGAUCGCUAUCUUGAAGAUGAAGCACCUUUGCACUCGGAGCAGGAAGAUGUUGAAGUGAACUAUGCCACAUCACCUUCGAAGUCUCCAAGCAAGCGCAAUGCCAGCCAUGCUUUUGCACCAGCUUGGCUGAGGGAUGAUGGUGAGGCAUGUGGCGGUGGCACUCCUUCCCAUGCCGAGAGGUUCGAGCUGAAGUCGAUGCCUCCACAGCCACUCCUCCCACAACCGCCAACUCCCGGUGGAACGAUACCGCCACCACCAAUUCCGAAGAACCCGGAGCCACCAUCGCAAGCUCCACAAGGCCUUCGUCGUGGCAAUUCCAAAGUGGAUUUCCCCAGUGUGCCACCAUCGCCAAGCACCAAGAGCACACCAGUUGCACAGGAAUUGUCUGAGUCGGCCUUGCCAUCAGCCCCAAAUCUGCCUCCACCUCCGAGGUUGGCCUCUCGCGAAUCUGAAGUGUUCUCAGUGUUCUCGCUCUGA